AUGAAUCCAUCGUCAGGCCUUGCAUCUGGUGUACAGGAAAACAUCUAUAGUCUUCCACAAGCCAGCGUUUCUUCUCGCGUUAAUGCCAUGAUUGAGGCAAUCAAGUAUUGGUGGAGUCAGCUGAGAGUGGUCGGUACUGUUGGGACUGGAGUCACGUUCAGAAGUUCCCAGUCGGGUAGUCCAAUCAGCUAUUUCACCAGGAUGGCCUGGGCAACCACUGCAAAGAUUGGAUGUGCUGUUACACAGAAAAACAAGUGCCCCAAUUCUUACUAUAUUGCGUGCCACUACCAGACUGGAGGUAAUGUACCCGAUGCUAAGAUCUACACUCCGGGCAAUGCAUGCUCUCAGUGCCCCGGUGGCUAUCGCUGUAGCUCAGACAAGCUGUGCGCUCGCUCUUAG